UCCCUCAAACCAGCAGUGAGCAAUCACUGGCCAGCACACACUCGCACAAUUACACACAGCUCUGCCCUACUAUAUACACUGUCUCAUUAUACUAUCAGCUCAAGAAGCUGUUGGCACAAAUUACCUCAGACCCAUUCACCCACACACACACUUUUAUAGUUUAGAACAUUUAUCUGUUCUCUUGCCUUUCUUUACAUACAUAUAUCCUACAUCUAUGCCUGGUGACCUGUAUUAACAGCCAUCAGCCCUUUACAUGAGAACACGGCUAACGUCUCUGGAUUAAAGCCAUGGAUCUGCUCUUGUACUCUUCUAUUGUGCUCUGUGUGUCUCUCUCCCUCAUCUCAGCAGAAGAUAAAAUAAAGGAAAAGGAAACCAGCAGCACAUCAGCACCCUCUACGCCCUCGGCUGUCAGCACAGUGACCACAGCAAUGGCCAACACCAGCUCAGUCACUAAUACCACAACCACAGCAUCUGUAACACGCCACACAGAGGGCAAUACUACUUCCAGAAACUUCAGUACCAUCUCUCCCUCCAGCUCACCGGGACAACCCAAGCUGUUCAGCCCAACGCCAGCCGCAUUUACGUCUCACACCAGUGAGAGCUCUAAUACAAAAUCACGGCAAAUCACCGCCUCCUCUGCAGGGACCAAUCAAUCAGGUCAUGAGGUGCUAUUAGAAACUUCUACACCUGGGCAGGCCUCAAACAUUUCUUUAAGAAGAUCAACAGAUGAGCCCACAGCUGUCCCGCCAACACAGCCACCAGGCAACAGCCUCACUAUGUUAGCCUUCGGUGUGAUGAGCUUCAUUCUCGUUUUGAUUAUAGUUAUGAUCAUCUUAGUAACAGCUGUAAAUCUCAGAGGACGGUGUCAUAACACAAAGGAAGAAGGUGUUAAGAACUAUGACUCAGUGAUAUCAGAAAGCAAUUUGACCAGCACUGGAGAGAAAGAAAGCAUCACACUCGUCUCUGUGAGGUCCAUAAACACAGACACUGACACUGAUUCACCACAGAUCUCAUCGGUUCACAGUACAAUACUGGACAGUGAGGACCAAGAACCCAGUAGAGAUCAUCUUCUCAGUGGCAGAGCACACUAAACUUCAAUCAUUCUACAGUAAUAGAGCUCUUCAUAAACAUGCCCCUUUGAGUCAAAUUACUCUAGAUUCAGGAACACCUGGUCACGUCAUGGAACUAGUAUCCGGAUUGUACUUUGAUAAGAUUUUAACCACCUGCAUUUACACGUAGUAGUCCACAAACUGCAUCUCCGGUUAAUUUGACUGAAUCUGAUUGCUGUCAGGAUGUAGUAUGCAAAAUCACAUAUUGCAAAGUUAUUAUUCAUUGUAUGGGGAGACUUGGUCACUUAAUGUGUCUUGAGUGUCAGCCAAACCACAUUUAAAUGCAGUAAGUACAAACUCACCCAAAAUGCAUUUAAAACAGGUCCAGUUCUGCUCACUCAAACCCCUUCAGGAGGUGGUAUGAGAUGCAUUUGAGCCACAGGUUUUAGUAGUGAUAACACAUCCAGCUACACUAAUCCUACUACUACAACUCAAACUCCAGUUAUUUUGGACAACAAGCAAAUUUGAAUAUUUAGUCCCCCACAGCAAACCAAGACAUAUUUAACUAUGAAAGGUAAAUGCAUGUGGCUAUAAUCUUAUCAGCAUAAAAUUCAGAAACUAAUCAGAUUAAGUCACCACGAGUUAAUUUUUUUUUUUUUGGAAAAUUCAGCAUGAAGGCUGGCCACUCAUUCCAGUGUAUACUUAAUAAUGAAUUACAAUGUUGUUUUAUCAAAAAUGUCUUCAAAAUUCAGUUACUAAAGUGUCAGCAGUACCAUUCAUAUUUGUUGGGUGAAAUUGUGAAAGGACUUGUUAACUUAUUGACAGUAAGCGUUUUUGAUUAACUCUAGUUUCAUAUAGAUAGACAACAUUAGAUAAAUAAAAUCAAACAAGACCCAGGAAGAAUAGAUUGAUAAAAGCUCAAUUAUGCAUAAAAAUGGCUUACAUGAAUGUACCACAGCAUGAACAGUAAAAAAAAAAAUAUUGGCCAAAAAACAUUUUUUGUGAGUACGCUUAUCUUUGAUUGUAAAAGUCUCUGGACAUCCGGCCUGGUAUCUGGUAUGUGAACAUUUGACAUCAAACUAAAGAAUGUCUUUAUUUAUGGUUUAUUUUGUGUUUAAAAACAGUGAAAAUGCUAUAAUAAUGUAUAGAAAUGUAUAAAUUGUUUUUUUUUAAGGAAAUACCUGAGGGGUAGAGGUGAAGUCUGUUAGAAGGUUGAUCUCCAACAGAAGAAUUCAAGGACAGAUCCUGUUAACAGAUGAAACCCUGUGGUUAAACAUUUGUGCUGUUUGUUUGACUGUUCUUUUGUCUUUUACAUUCCAUUUUUUAUUCACACUUAAAUAACUGUAAAAAAAAUAAAUCAGUGACUUAAGAGGUUG